AUGGACGUAAAUAAAGGCAAUGUACUACAAGAUGCUGAUGGAGGAAAGCUAGAUGGCAAAUUAGACAAAGAUGCUCGUCCAGCUAAAACACCAAUGGAUUCAACUUCAGAUUCAUCCAAAGCUGAAUCGGCAGGGAACGAUCAUGCGUUCUCAUCUUCGCAAAACAAAAAAAUGGACGCUAUCAAAGCUGGUGUUGAAUCAGUCAAAGAAAGUAUUCAAGGCAAGAAAGCUGCAGACAAAGUAGAAAAAGCUAAUGACCCACGAGAAGCACCAAGUGAUCGUGUUGAUGCCGCAUUGGAAGCUGGCAAAGCUGCGACGAAAGCAGAUGAACAUGCUUGUAAAUCCGAAUGUCAUAAAGUCAAACACGCUACCAGUUAA